UCGAAGUCAAACUGAACGCCAGUUCUCUACUCUCCACAGCUAGUCGUUACACGUACUAGACCAUGGCGACUGAUCCGGUGGUAGUUUGGGUCCUCUGUUGUCUUGCCGUUUGGGUCGUCGUUAAAUGUGAGCUUUUAUCUGACUAUGAGUGCCCGGCGAACUGUUCCUGUGAACUUGACCCGCCAUUCACUGUUUGUACGGGUUAUGGCGCUACCAGUAUCCCUGUGGGACUGCCAAGAAGUACUAUUUCACUGACGCUUACCGGAUACAACCUGUCUGAACUGGAUCUCUGGGAACUAAGCAGUUUGACCCUUCUGGAAACACUGGACGUGCAAUCGAAUAAAAUCCGCCAUAUUAAAGGAACACUCGAGGUGUUUCCACUUUUCAGAGAGCUGAAACUUGAAAAUAACAAACUGACAAACCUUUCCCCGAAAUUGUUUGGAAAUACAGUGAAACGACUCGGACUGGUGAGUCUAAAGGGCAACCCGCUCAAUUGUGAUUGUGGUGGUAUUCUACUAGAUGGUGAUAUAUGUGACUGUACAAAUUACAUAUGCGAAUGUAAUAUAAAGUGGCUACAAAAACAGGUGAAAUCGUACCCAGACAUAUGGAAAGGAGCAUAUUGCCAUCAUGGUUCAUCCAAAGACACUGCCAUUAGCAAAGUUGACAUCGAAGAUUUUUGGUGCAGGACAAAACAUUGUUGGUAUCUUACUAUAAUAUAUCUCGGUUUGAUACUUGUUCCGAUUCUGUUCUGCCGAUGUUGGUACAAGAAAAAGACCAUUAACAGGCCAGACCUGGUCGCUGACAAUCAGCUGAAUACAUUGGCCAGGAAGCUGGGAAAAGAAUGGGAACAUUUGGCCAUCCAUCUCGGCAUCACGACAGCUGAAGUAGAUAGAUGUAAAUCGGACCGUCCAGGUAAUACACUCGGACAAAUCUCUGACAUGCUAAAACUUUGGAAGGAAAAGAAAUGCAAUGACGCCACUGUUGGAAAUCUCAUUCAAGGACUAAAGUCAUUUGACGAGGGAAGCCUUGACAAGGACAAAUAUGAGUUUCUAAGAGAAUGUGAUAAUCGUAGCUGUAGUAGUUAUACACCACUAAUAGGGAACAUACAAUAAAGAGAU